UGCUGCCGCUGCUGCUACCGCCGCCGCACAGAGGCAGAGCGAACUGCUGCGGCAGGGCUGGGCUCCUCACACACACAUAUACACACCCUCAACAGCAGCACACAAGAGAGAAAAACGGGGAUGGCCUAGCUGAGUUGUGCUUUCAGUUUUCUAUCACCAGUGAGCUACCUGGACCACAGCAGGAGUGUAGCAGAGGCGGCAGCAGGGAGCAGAGAUGAGUGUGACCUCCUGGUUCCUCGUGAGCAGUGGGGGGACUCGCCACCGGCUCCCCCGGGAAAUGAUCUUUGUCGGCCGGGACGACUGUGAACUCAUGUUACAGUCCCGCAGUGUGGAUAAACAGCACGCAGUCAUCAACUAUGAAACAGGGACUGAUGAACACAAGGUCAAGGACCUGGGCAGCUUAAAUGGGACCUUUGUAAAUGAUGUCCGCAUCCAGGAGCAGAUGUAUAUCACGCUGAAGCUGGAGGACAAGCUGAGGUUUGGAUAUGAUACCAACCUGUUCACGGUGGUGAGAGGAGAGCUCACUGUGCCCGAGGAGGCACUCAAGCAUGAAAAGUUUACAAGUGGCCUCCAGCUCAGCAAAAAGCCAUCUAAUGGUGAAACCACUACCACCACCACAACUUCAAGCCACAAGUCCCCCGCGAAGACCCCAACAAAAGCACUGAGGUCUCCCAGUGGUGGCACCCUGAGGCCAGUAGAGAGCAGAGCAGCAGAUGGGGUCGUGUCCUGCAAAGAGCCACCAGCAAAACAUGUGGACAGUCACAAAGCAGAGGAGAGGAUGGGAGCGGAUGUUGCAGCACUCCAUCGUGGGACGCCUCUGUACGGCCAGCCGUCUUGGUGGGGGGAUGGGGAUGCAGAUGACGAGAACUCCUUCAAACAGGAAACAAAGUCAUCCUCCAAAAAGCAUGACAGCUCCAUUUCAGUGUCAGAUAGCAAAGAGGCACGUCGAGGGGAGAAAGCUAAAGAGGAUGACCUGCAUGCAUCCACCACCAAAGACUACUUUGAUAUCCCCACCAAGGACAGUAACACAGCCAAUAACGGCAUCCAUGAGAUUCCCACUAAGGACACUGAGGGAGGUCAGGCCGCUGCAGCUCAAGGUCACGCCUCUUUCACCAUUGAGUUUGACAACACCUCUCCGGGGAAAGUCACCAUUAAAGACCACGUGUCAAAGUUCACGCCUGACCACCACAAAUCUCGCUCCAAGAAGAGUGGAGGAGGAAGUGGAGGUGCAGUAGGGAAGGACCUGAGUACACUUCAAGUGGCUAUGAUGGCAUCAGAGAGCAAGGUGGCUGAUUGGCUGGCCCAGAACGACCCCACUCUGAUUCGCAGCGAGUCCACAGAGGACGACAGCAAGAGCAUCAAGAGUGACGUGCCGGUCUACCUCAAAAGAUUGAAAGGUAGCAAGCAUGAGGAUGGCACCCAGAGUGACUGUGAAAAUGGACUGGGCUUGCGUUUUGCCAACCGCCGCCACACCAUCGAGGAACGUCUAAAGGCAGCGCACAGCCACGUGGGAGCAGGAAUAGGAGGAGCAAGUGGAGGGAACAUAACAGUGAGCAGUAGCCGAACCGCUAGCCCUCGCACUGCCUUUAUGAUCGAGUUCUACGACGAGGAAAACCCUCGCAAGCGCCGAUCGUACUCUUUUUCCCAGACUGCACCACUCGUGGGUGGAGGAGCUGGUGGAGAGGGACUGUGCCCUCAGCCUCCAUCUCAUCCCAAGGUGUUCAGCAUUUCCACCUCUGCUACUACAGCCUCAGAGUCAGGUAAAACCCCAGCUCCAAUACCAGCUACAGUGACUGCUGGGGCACCGACUGCUGCCCGUGUGCUGCUCAAGCAGAGAUCUGAGGACCCAAGUAUUGGUCGGAGCUCAAUCAGCACAGGGCUGGCGACAGGUAGCCCCACCAGUGAGGACGCCUCAGUGCUCGGGAGGGGAGCAGAGACGGCUGGAGGAGAGGAACAGGAUGAUCACAGUGAUAAGGGGACCUACACUAUCGAACUAGAAAACAAGAACCCAGAGGAAGAGGAGGCCAGGCGCAUGAUAGACAAGGUGUUUGGUGUUGAGCAGAACCAAGGCUCUUCUGUUCUGUCAGACCUGAAAGGAGAAGCAAAAGGAAAGAAGGAAGAGGAGACUAGGAAAGAGGCUAUUCCUGGUGACUCGAGCUGGGUUUCUCAGUGGGCCAAUCUGGCUGCCAAUCACACCAGGACAGACCCGGAAGGAUCAGGAGCAGAAACAGCUGCAUUUCUGCUAAAAGAGAGAGGAGUUGAUGGUGCAUCACUCAGCAGAGGUGAAUCCUCCUCAAGUCUGACCGACCGUAAGCGCAGGACCCUCCCCCAGCUUCCUGUGGAUGACUCCAGAGCUAAAUCCAGCAUCAAAGAUUUGAGGUCUGAGAUUGGGGAGAAACAGGACACUGAACCCCAAGAAAAAGAGAACAAGGGAGACGGGGAGUCCCCAACUCCCAUGGAAGACGGUGAAAUGACCGGUAAACGGAAACAAAGCUCCACUUCUUCUCCAUCCAAGGCUCGUCUCCGGACCUCCAGCAGCUCAGAGCGGAGAAAGAGGUCAGAGGAGAGGAAAGGAGGAGGAGGACUUGUAGAAGGAGGAGAAAAGUCUGGGAAGCCUCUAGUGCGACAGGGCAGCUUCACUAUUGAGAAGCCCAGUGCUAAUGUGCCGGCGGAGCUCAUCCCUCGCAUUAACAGAGGCAGCAGUGGGCGCGAACGCAGUGACUCUGUGAGCAGCAUGGAUACGGCUACACUCUUGAAAGACACUGAAGCUGUCAUGGCCUUCCUGGAGGCCAAACUAAGAGAUGAAAACAAACUAGAUCAGAAAAGCAGUAAAACUGGCACUCAGGUUUCGGGUUCUGGAUUCCCCCUUCGAUCGGACUCCAUCUCUCCAGAGUCAGACGUGGACACGGCCAGCGCAGCUAGUCAUGUGGCUGGAGAGGCAGAAAGGAAACAAGCACCUGGUGCACAAAAAAGACGUUCCUUCAGCAGCAUGCACCGGGAAAAGAGCAACAUGAGCACGACCUCCAAGACCAGCGUCACUAAUACAAGUGCCCGUGAGCGCUUGGAGAGGAAGACUAAAACAAGAACUGUGGAGACGACAAGUAGGACUGAUGCACGCCGCUCCACUCAGCCAUCUUCUUCCUCCUCCAGAGCCCGUCAACCUUCACUGGAUCUCACUGAUGAUGAUCAGACUUCCUUCCCCAUCUCUGACAUCCUCUCCUCAGACCAGGAGUCCUAUGCACCAUUGGGGCUCUUAGUCCAUGGACGUGGCUUAGAUGAUGCCCACAAUUCCAAACACGAUAGCAGGUCUGCAAAGACCUCCACCAAUGGUUUGUCCAAAACCAGCCGCACUCUCCAGGCAGCCACUACCUCCUCUCUGAGCAAGCAGGCCUCACUGCCGCAGCCACGGCCCACAAGAGCCUCCCUUCUUCGUCGAGCCCGGCUGGGAGAUACAUCUGACACAGACCUAGCUGAUGCUGACAGGGUUUCUGUGGCUUCUGAGGUGUCCACUACCAGCUCCACCUCUAAGCCGCCGUCCGGUCGGAAGGGAAUGUCACGACUGGAUUUGCUGGCUCAGCCGCGCAGGACCCGCGUGGGCUCCAUCUCAGCUCGCAGUGACUCAGAGUGUACAAUGACACGGAGCUCCACCUCCUCACCCCGCCUGUCAGCUGAGACUGCUCUGCGUCUGGGCUUGCGCUCAUCAACACCGACGGAGAACAGACUGACGCCCAGGAUGAGGGCCAACAGUGUAUCCAAACUGAAUGAGUCCAAGCCUAAGACCACGACAUCUGGGUACUGCUCGCCCACAGAGAGCUCUCAGCCUGAACCUGAGGGUGCUGAUGCAGAGGAGGAGCUGAUGGUGUCCAGCAGCAGCAGGUGGAGACGUCUGCCACCAGAGUACGGCUCCACCUCUGAGGAAGAGUUCGGCUCCAAUCGGAAUUCUCCGAAGCACGGGGGACGCUCGCACGUGCGGCCUCAUCACCUCGUUCCACACCGCAACUCAAGGCUCAGCACCACAGCGAGUCCAGGCUCUGCAGCGGCAACCGGUCCGGGUGGCAUGGGAAUCAAACAUCGCAUGAAAGAGCAGGAAGAAUACAUCAGGGACUGGACAGCACACAGCGAGGAAAUAGCCAGGUUAUUCCCCUGUGUGCGCAGGAUCAGCCAGGACCUGGCUAAGGACUUGGCUAUCUUGGCCCGUGAGAUCCACGAUGUCGCCGGCGAGAUUGACUCAGUCAGCUCAUCGGGCACAGCACCCAGCACCACCGUCAGUACUGCCGCCACCACCCCGGGAUCAGCUAUUGACACCCGGGAAGAGGUAGGCCCUGCACGUUCCACGCAGCCGGACAUACAGGAGAGCAUGAGAAAGCUUGUUGACCGGGUGUUUGACGAAAGCCUUAACUUCAGAAAGAUCCCACCAGUGAUCUCAACUAAUAAGCCACCAGAGAUCAACGGUAAGCCAGCGGAGCUCCGCCCCCGUGCUCCUGACAGUCUGGAGCCCCGAGCUUUGAGGAGACGAACCUGGAACCGAGAGGAGGCGGUGUUGGACAGCCUGCUGCUCCAUUCCGUCUCUCAAUUGUCCUCCAAGAUCAGAACCUCUGUCGACAAAACUGCGGGAAAAAUCAGGAUUUUGUUUAAGGAUAAGGACAGAAACUGGGAUGAAAUUGAGAACAAAUUGCGAUCAGAAGGUGACGUGCCACUCCUGAAAACCUCCAAUAAGGAGAUUUCCUCAAUUCUGCUCGAGCUGAAGAGAGUUGAGAAGCAGCUUCAAGUGAUCAAUGUCAUGGUUGACCCAGAUGGGACUCUGGAUGCCCUGGCCAGCCUCGACCUGACCAGCCCUACCACUCCCACCAAGCCCCUAACCCCCAAAACAACAACUUCCCCCUCCGCUGCCAGUCCCGGGUCUGUGCCCCGAGCCAAAGAAUCACUGCUGGAGAUCCUCCCCGGGCCUGGAGGAUCAACAGCUUCUGCCAGAGUUCAGGCUUCAUCUGCCAGCACGGAGCAAACUGUGCGAGACCCCAGCGUGGGUCUGGGGUUAGCAGGAGUUGGAGGGUUGCACUUUAGUCGCAUCCGGCCAAGCGGCGAGGAGGCCAUUGCACAGAAGUGAAAACCUUGAAACCAAGGUUAUGUGAAUAAUGAAGUUCACAUGUCUAGCAAUCAGUGUUAACAACAAGGAAUAGAAACACCACUUUUUUCCCCGACAGAAUAGUUCCCAUUCUGCUGACUGUGCCACUCUAGGAAUAUAUUCAAGAUAGAUAUAAGCAACUUAUAGACGCCUAUAUCUACUCUCUCAAUGAUACAAUGACCUGGAUGACUGAGAACCUUCACAGACCUCUUGGAAUAUACUGUACAUUUAAUACCAAGAUCAUUUAGCAAAAACCCCAACCGAUGCAUUUUGAAUACACAUAUGAAUGGAAAUGUACUCAUGACUGAUUUCAAGCUUCUAAACCUUCACACUUACUUUCCAACUCGAAGACUAAAUGCUACCUGUCUGCUCUCUCAGCGGAGUCUCCUCUGUUGCUCCAGUCCUCUCCUCUUGCCUUCUUCAUGUGUCAGGACCCAACCGACACCAAGGGCAUGCCUUAAAACACACCCUUGAUAGUAGCUGUGUAACCCCUCAAAUAUUAUACGAGACAGCAUCUAAAGACUUUCAAACGGUCAUUUCAGACUAACAGAAUGCACUGUAAAACAAAUCUUGCAAGCAAUGUAAUAUGUACACUGAGAAAGAAAAUGCAACACUGCAAUAAUUUAUGAGCUCUUAUUCAGAAUAUUUCAGCAGCCUUAAAUAACCAUCCUGGAAAAGUGCAGUCAUGAUUUAUACCUUCAACGGUUCACACAUUAAGCAGAAUGUGCAGCUGUUUUAUACAUUUCAUCAUAACUUAAAAACUGUCCGUCCAUUGAACCGUGAUCAACCGGGAUUUGUAGUGCCUCCUCAUUUCUGUCAUCACACGUCUUCCUUUCACCUGUUUUCUGUUAUUAUUUCGUUCAGCUCCCUCCUAGUGGUUGGAAAAAAUGACAUGUCACUCCAGUAAUGUGUCAAAGACAGAGCUUAGAGCAAACUGAUCUAACUAAUGGUAGUUCCACACACAAGUAUCAGCCUUUUGGGAAACUAAGUGAUUAUUUUUCAGUCAAAAUAUUCACUUGCCAAAUUUAACCUUUUUGUUAACAUUUUUCAAACAGUGGCCAUCUUAAAAUUGUCUGUUGUGCAAAAAGCUAAUGUUGCUUUCAUAGUGUGUUUUAGAAGAAGAAUUCCUUCCUCUACUUAUUAUACUGAAACACAAGCUAAUUCACUGCUAUCACAUCUGUCUUUGUCCCGUGUCAAAACCAGUGCUCUUAGCAAAUCCACUCAAGUGUCCUAUGAUUUCCAAUUGGCUUUUUUAUACUUUUUCCAGUCACUGGUGUGAUGUCUUCUUUAUCUGGCAGCGAUGAGCUGUUUUAACAAAAUAUUUUAGAUAAUAUAAAUACUAUUAUCAUAUUGUAGAUACAGGAUACCUUAUACUUUUUAAUGCUUCAAGUCACCUCAUCGAACAUAGCUGCUGGAUAUACUGUUGGUUUCAUUCACGUCUCAUGGAUAGAACUGAUGAUACAUGUGACAAUAAGAUAUCUUUUUUUAUGAAUUUGGCUCCUAAUACACCUUCAUAUCGAUGUAUAUACAAAAGGUUUCCAUCAGUGUUCAGUAUUUCAAUUGCAGACAGACAGUACAGUAUCCCUGUUUUUCUCUGCUGAAUUUUCAGAUGACAUUUUUUGGGACUAACACUUCCUGAAUCUCUCUUCAGCUUGUAGUUUGUGUUUUAGGGUAAGAUUUAGUAAAAGGCAGUGUAACACUACUUAAAUAUUCUCGCACUAGUGAAUGUUAGGUACCAGAAUAGAAGUCCAUUUCCUUCUCUCUAUGCUGUACUGUACAAUGUCUUUAAAUGCCUCCAAGUGCCCAUUUUGUCUAGAGAAGGGCAUUCAUUAAAAGAAGGAAAAAUAUGUAGCUGUCUAAAAGAUUUAUUUUGCACAUCAGAUUGUUUUUUUUCCCCUUAUACAGGAGUAGUGAAGAAGCGGUGUAAGCCUGCAUCUAAUGUCAGAUGGUUUGGCAAAGAAUGAUGAAGAAUGACGGCGCUAUGCUUGAUAUCAGAAAUGACUGCCUUGCUUCUCUAGAUCUAUUCUGUCUGUACAAACAAAGCCUUUAACCAUGUUUGUUUUUUCUCCCACACAAUUUUAUCAAAAAAAAGGAAGAAAAAAAGAAAUGGGGGACUGUGAAUGCUAGGUACAUGUUUGUUCAAAUCUGUGUCAAUUGAUUAGUGUCAGGGGCUUUUUUUCCCUUGUCAUUUCUGUGAAAAGACUAUUUUAUUUAUUUUUGUUUUAAUAUUUUAUGGAUGUUUCAUGUAUUUUAUAUUUCUUCAACUUUCUGCAUUGUCUCUUACUGUUAAUAAAACAGAGCCAUUCACUUG